GUCGAAUUUACACAUGAAUGAUUCGUUUACGCCGAGUACAGGUGCUCGCUGGUAUUUUUUAAAGAAAAACCCAGGCCAUAGGGAAGUCCGACUGGUCUAUAUAUCGACGUCCUUCGGAAUAUACAUCUCUCUUGGAAAUAAGAGAGGCGAUUCGGGUAUAUACUUAACACUACGAAUUAUAAGCGCACAUUAAUUCAGACAGUUGUUUAACAGCUCUUCCUUCGGUAGUUUGUAGUGUUCUCCUAAUUUGCAUUCAUUAAUUAUGACCAAAUUAAGCGUUUAUUGUCUGUCCGCGUGUUGUGUGAUUUUAUUGUCAGUUUUCCAUUCGUCGCUCGCGCAAAAAUAUAAAUUAUGCGUGGUGGAUGGGAAAGGUUUGUACAAGAAAUCCCAGUCUUAUUGCCCUCUCUUAGACUCGUCUAUGGAUAGCACGGUCGAAUGCGUUGUUAGGCAGGACAGAACCGACUGCCUCAGGCAAAUAUUAAAAGGCAACGCCGAUUUUUCUCUAUUUUAUCCGGAAGACUUAAUAUCAGCGAAUCUCCAAAAGAUUGAAGUGCUGGUUACAAACGAAGUCAGAUACAGGCCAAAUGAUCCUUACGACUAUCAGGUAGUUGCUGUGGUAGACAAUGCCUCGGGCAUAAAGAGCAGGCACGAUCUAAAAAAUAAAAAAUAUUGCCACCCUGGCUAUGGAUAUGAAACUGACGAUUGGUCGAAAAUUUUAUCAAACUAUUUCGAAGGAUCUGUGGUAACGCCUUCGUGCGAUCCCAACCUAACCUUACAAGAAAAUAGACUUCUAGCCUCAUCGAACUUUUUCGGCUCGAGUUGCAAAGCCGGUCCUUGGGUCAACGAGGCUAAAAUUGAUCAACAACUUAAAAGAAAAUACCCCAAACUCUGCGGGCUCUGCGGCAAUCCAAACCAAUGUUCCAUGCGAGACGAAUUCUGGGGCCGAAGCGGAUCCCUCCUGUGUCUCACUGACGGUGCAGGAGACAUCAGCUGGGCUCGCCUGGACGACGUGCAAGCCCAUUUCGGGCUAAACAACGGUAUCGCUCAAGCAUCUUCGGAAGGCUACAGUUUCCUUUGUCCCGACGACAGCAUUAUGCCAGUAAAUAGUAGCAAUCCCUGCGUUUGGGUGGCCAGACCGUGGCCAGUAGUAGCAGCAAGAAGAGCUGUGGCCGAUGAAAUUCAACAACUCGUAUCGAUUUUGAACCAGAAUGAUAGAGGAUCAUGGAGGUACAAUUUGUUGAACCUCCUGGAGCCGUCGUACUCGACUAUAUUUAAACUACCAACUCUGGAACCAAUACAAACCUACCUAGAGAAAGCUAAAGGUUUCUUAAGCGCGAACAGUUUCUCCGGCUGCCAUCCUCCUAGAACCAUAAAGAUCUGCACCAAAUCACUUUUGGAGAUGAACAAAUGUUCUUGGUUAAGAGACUCAGCUGCUGUUUAUGGUAUAGAACCCGAUUUGGAAUGCGUCCUUGCCGAAAACACCACUCAGUGCCUGAAAGCAGUCUAUUCGAACGCUACGGAUGUUGUUAUCGUCCCAGCAGAUCUAGUCCAAACAGCUAUAAGGACUUACAAGCUCAAAACUUUCUUAUACGAGACCGUCCCGGAUGCAAUGAAGCACAAGAUAGUGGCAGUGACUAGAGCGGGUUCCAGCAUUUCAACCUUGGAUGACUUGAAAGGGAAGAAAGCGUGUUUUCCAACGUACGACGGCGUCGCUUGGAACGUGGUGGGAAAAAUGUUGCGCGAUAAAAAAUUAAUAGAAAAUUGCGCAUCGGACGCUUCGAUGACCAAUUACUUCGGCCCCAGUUGCGUGCCGGGCAUAUCCAACACCUACCAGCAGAGUUGCCAAAAGGACAACUUCUCCGGCGACUUGGGCGCCUUGCAUUGCCUAACCAGCGAAACGGGCGACGUGGCGUUCGUCUCCCAAAAUUCCAUCGCAGAUUUUUUGAAAAUGGAUAGGGAAGAAUCGAUGGGCCGUCGUCUAACGAUGGACAAUUUCACGAUAAUCUGCGAGAAAGGAUCGUCGCCGCCGUGCUCCCUAGGUUGGACCACCAGGGCUCAAGUCAUGAUAAGGGCCAACACCGCCGAUUUGUGGCUGAGAGACACUACGGACGUGUUCUUUCAAAUCGACGAGCUGUUCGGAAAGGACUUCAAAACUCCCACCAGCCCGUUGAUGUUGUUCGGUUUGUACGACGAUAAAUCCGACGUGCUGUUCGACGAUUCCACCAGGAGGCUGCGCACCGUGCCCGUCUCCAAAGACACCGAAUCGCUGGGGAAUUUCUUCAACGCCUCCAGCGAGUUGAGAGACGAAUGCGGCCCCAUUAGCGUCGCUAACCGCGCGUUUUCCUCUAGCGUCUGCUUGUGUAUACUUAUUAGUGCUUUAUGUAAAUAUUUUUUUUAAUUGAUUAGAUAAUUUUUUAAUAAACGCGACUGAAACUAAUGAAAUAAUAGUAGAAAAGAAACUGUUUUUAUUAUUU